AUGAAAGCUAUUGCUGUCCUGGCUCUUUGUUCCUUGGCAGGUGUUUCCGCCCAAGAUUCUAACUGCGAAGCCGAAUACAUUGUCACCAGAUGUCUGAAAACGGAGACGGAUAAGGCUACUGCUUGUAGCUCCACUGACUAUGACUGCCUGUGUGCCGCUUACGAGGCAAUCGCGACCUGUUACAAUAACUGCCCAAAUGAUGAUCGUGCUCCCGCUGCGCGUAACCAAGUCACCGCCUACUGCAGGAAUGUCACCGAGUCAGGGUCAAGAUAG